AUGGGCCUCCACAGCGAUCCACUGGACCAAGAAGACCAGGACGCGAUUAUCCUCGACGCCAGAAGCGGGGAUCUCGAGUCUCUGCAAGACAUUUUCUCGACCUUGGUCGACCCAAAGUUGGUAGUGACAUGCUGCGAUGCCGAGACUAAAAGCACACCUUUGCACAUGGCUGCUGCCAACGGCCACGCAGAGGUGAUUGCGUACCUUGCGCAGCUGAUAGAGGACACCCAGGAGCGCACAAAAUGGGUCAACACGCGCAAUGCCACGGGCAACACCGCGCUGCACUGGGCUUCGCUGAACGGGAAGCUGGAGUGUGUGAAGCUGCUGUGCGACACGCUAGGCGCCGACCCGUUUGUGCGGAACGAUUUCGACCACGAUGCGAUCUUCGAGGCCGAGCGGAGCGCCCACGAGGACGUCGAAACGUACUACUUGCAGAAAUACGACGUGGAGCCCGAAUCCGAGCCCCAGGAGGGCUCCACUGCGGAUACCGUGCAGUACAAGGAAGGUACGGAGAUCGAGCAGGUCACGAAGGAUGCCGCCGAGGCUCUGAGUGCGAAAACCGGGGAAUUGAACCUGCAGGACAAGGACACCGAGGCCUGA